AACAUAAAUAAGUUAACAUCAAGCGUUAAAGAGUUAAAGUUGUCAAUUUAAACGCAUGAGGCAAUCUUUUAAACCCACGUCAAAGUAUAAAAUCAGCUGUUGCCUAACAAAAGUGAUGAAAUUUACUGCAGAAAAAAAGUAAAUAAGAUUUUGGCAAGCCACCUGUUGGAAAUGGAGGCGCAAGACAAGCUCUACAAUGAAGCUAAUGAUAAAGUCAAGCUGGGUGAAGACCUUAAGAAGGAAUUAAUUGAAUUUGAAAGUAUUCCUGGCGUCUCAAAGGUGCAGCGGAAAAUUCAGCAGGAAUUGAGGUUUUUAGAAAAGGUCAUACGAACGAAGACAUUAAAGGAGAAUCAUAUAACUAGCAGCAACUUUGUCAAUUAUGCAUUUCUAAUAAAAACAUUGCGCCUGCAACAAGGUGUUGUGGACAUCAACUCAGUGUUUCCACUGGAGUCCCGUGACAAUCCCUUGCGUGUCGAUAUAGUGGCGAAUAAUGGUUUGAAAUGGAUUAAGGUAAUCGCGCGUAACUCCAAGUCUAUUGAGGAUGCAGCUAAAGGUUGCGUUAGUUUUGGCGCACGUAGCGUCCUUGACCAGGCGAAUGAUUAUCUGGAAGCCAGCGAGCUACACUACUGCAUGUUUCAACGACCCAAGAUUGUCUUCUAUUUUUCAAACAAAAUAGAGAGCUCGUUGCAAGAAGAGCUUCAUGAAAUGGGUGUGCAAACUGCCUCACUGGAGCAGCCCGACACGGAUGUGGAUCAAUAUGCCACAAUAUCACAAGAAUUAAAUAUAGAUGUAACUACUAUGCUAGCAUAUGUAAGCGCACUUACCAAUGGCAGCUCCAAAUGGACUUUCCAAGAGCCGUUGCUCACAGAACAGGCUGAGAAGGAGCGCGAGUGUCCAGUAAAGCCCAUACUGGAUAACAUAUUUGAGGGCAAGACCUUGGUUUGCUGUCAAAUGGCUCACGAUGCAUUUCAGAAUAUCUUAAAACUGCUUGGUGGGCCCGGCGAACGCGAGCGUGCCGAGGAGUUCAUGAAGCGUGUGACAGUUUGUCCGGAUGUGGAGCAGCUCCCUGCCGAGUUUUCUAACAUACGUUUUACUGCAAAAGUAAAUGAGCGAAGUUUAAAGAUUUUUAGUUUUGGCAUGCAACGACAAAUAUUUACAGUUACUUCGAAUAAAUCAUUUGUUCGCUCAGCUAAAAUGCAGGGCAUAAAUGUCCCAGUUUUUGUCCACCCUUCGAAGGCGCUUACGGAAGGCAAAGAGGCCACAGCUAAACCACUUUAAAGCGUAAAUUUAAAAUAAAU